CGGCACGCGGAGAGGGCGGGCGCGCGUGCAGGCGGAGGGCGGGCGUGCUGCGGGCGGGCGGCGCCCGUGCAGGCGGAGGGCGGACGCGCGGAGGGCGGGCGGCGCGUGUGCAGGCGGAGGGCGGCGAUAAAAGCAAAAACUCUGACGAAUCAUAAUACCGGUACUGAAAUACUUCAACUUAGUAUUAAUUAGUCAGUUUGUUGGCUAGUCAUUUCCUGAAUCUAUAUCAAGUUGCAAACCCAAUUAAAAGCUCUGUCACCUGAGCCUAAACUCUAAAAACUAGUUUCAGACGACCUGUGUUGGCCUGAUGAAAUUUAAAUCGUCUUGCUUUCGCCAGCUGAUUGCAGUCCUCAACUUGGCUUCUUCUAACCUCCAUCUGCCACAAAACUUCUAGAAUUGGCUGACGCUCGUCAAUUAGUACUGCAGAUUAUAUAGUUUUAAAGGGUAUAUGUCAUGUUUAAGUGACUAUCAAUUGUGGAUUCAUAAAUGGAGUUUGACAGAUUAUAUAGUAGAACUACACGUUAUCUACUCCAUGAUCCGCGCACAACAGCAACAAGUAAUGGCCAGGUGGCGCGUCACAACAGGAGCAUCUAUCGUAUGCUCUUCUGUAUAUAGUAUACAAAAGAAGAACAUAUCAUUUGCAUCGCUCAGAAGCUAGUUAACAAUUCUCAAACAAUUCUCAAACAAGUGGUGUCUGUCAUAAUAUCAGAAUAAACAUCAAGCAGUGCCUAUUUUAUGGGCGCGAGGUUUCAAUUUAGCCAUGCCUAUCUGUUGACAUUACAGUGUAUUGCUCAGGUGUGUAGGAUAAUAUAAUUGAUAGGAUGGAUCCAAAAUCAACUUAUUUGUUGGAAAUUAAGCUUCUUAGCAAUCCAAAAAAGGUCAGAAAGGAUGUCCGUUGUUUUUGCUUUGACAAGGUUGUUGACAGUGAUACAACAAAUUUGAAAGACAUGGUCGAUUAGAUCACAGAUAUGUAUCCACUAGGUUAUCUAGAAGUAGCACAUGUUCAGUACUACGAUGCAGAUUUGAAAAGCUUUCCAGUAGUUAAUACCGACCAAGGUUAUGGGCAUCACUGGCCAAGUUGCAAGAAGGGCAACCCAGAGGAUAUUGCAGCUCUGCUGGCUGUGAGAGGACCACCAAAGAAGAAGAGAAAGACUACCAAGGCAUCAACUGAGGAAAGCAUAGUACUUUUUGACGGUGAAGCACCAGCAUCCUCUAUGACUUUUCCACCAAGCCAAAGUGUGCAACCUACAACUAAGAAGAAAAUUAGAAAAGGCACAUUAGAUUCUGGAGACUCGAUCAGGUAGUACAGACCAGCCUGAGCCCAUUAGCUCUGAGUUUCCCAUGGCUAGGGGAAAUCCACUUCUUGCAGCCAAAGAAAAAGGAAACAAGCUAGCUAACAAGGCUAAAGAUAAGGGAAAGCUCAUGAAGCCCAAAGCCAAGAAGCAAACUGAAGACAAAGGAAAGAAGAACGAUGUGUCAUUUGAAAGCCCUGCAAUGGCCACAAGAAGCAAAAAAGUUGAUUCUUGCAGCCCUGCAAUGAGCACAAGAAGCAAAAGACAGCUCAAUUUGUGAUUUACCAUAUUCUGUACUUGUUGAACUCAUUUUGUGGAGCUGUAUGUGAACAUGCAUGUCAUGCAGUAUUUAGGUGUCUGAACCUACUAUAUGUGAACUCACGUAACAAAUGUGGUUGUGAACUCAUUAGUAUGUUGACUGUGUGAUUUUUACUCUCUAAACUGCAGAGAA